CUCUCUCUGACAUGCCGGUUGACUUUUCAAAUUUUAAAAUCAAAAAAAAAAUUAACCGCUCGAAGAAAAAAUAACGAAGGAACAAAACAUAAAUUUAGAGUUUUUAUAGUGAAAGAAUUACAAAAAUGAGAAAGAAAGGAAAAGGAAAAUCAAAGGAAAGAGAACGAACGGGACCACCUGGAACUGCUGGAUGGGGUUUAAUGGAUGAGAGCGAUAGUGACGAAGUGGUGGAAGUGUCACCAGGUUUUGAAUUUUUUCAAAUCAACCUUCACAUUAAUGGGGCAUUGGGGGAAUGGGGUUACCAUGAUGGGGAAGUGUCCACCGGCGUUUAUUCUGUGUCUGGUAUGACUAUGAAGAAAUUAGAUAGAUGGGUGAAAAGAGAAAAAGUUGAGGGCUUAGUUGAUUAUUACUGGAAAGAAAAAGACAAGGAAUUUCAUGAUUGGAUUAGACCGAUAAAUCACGACGAUGAUGUUAUGGAAAUGGCAAGUGCUGGGAAGAGGGAUGGAGAAGUGGAUGUCUAUGUUAGGAAACUGACCGUUAAAGACAUUGAGGCUUUAGUCCCUCCGCCCCCCUCGCCCCCACAUGUUGUAAUUGAGGAGAUACCAAAUCCCAAAGAUUUAGCUUAUGUGUAUCCCACUCCCGUGAAAAAAGUAAGGGGUAAACCAUUGGCUACCAAGGCUGGUGGGAGUAAACCACUGGGUACCAAGGCUGUUGGUGAAGGUCCUUCAGAAAGUGGGGGGGUCAUGGAUGAGUCCAUAUGUAAGUGA